GGCUUUGUUAUAUUUGUGUACGCUUGGUUUUGUCAUCAAUGCUCUAUAUCUGCAAUCCAUCCGUUGUCAUAGCGACUGAUACGAUAUCGUGUGUCUGCUGCUUUGAAGCCAGUUCUAGCUCUUAUUGUCGAAACCAGACGUUCACUUGCGUCUCAUUGCUUGAAGUUGCAUACCGUCAGAUUACUGCACCCAGCUGUAAUGUCCGCCGUACGUUCCACCCCUCCACCGUCUUUGGUAUCGGAGCAGAUUUGUCAAGAUUGCGGAGGUUCCUUCAUCGACCUCUGGAGGUCCAUCACCACCGAAGACUUCAUCUGCAGGAGCUGCUUGCUCACUAACGAACAACGUCCUCCUGGAGACCUCUUGCUGUGCCCUGGUUCAAAAUUUGGUUGUAAAUAUCAGACUGGUAUCGCUCGCAACUGCGUGGACCACCUCCGGACCUGCCCUAGACGCCCCACGCAAUGUCCCAACGAGUGUUUUUCCAUUAUCUCUAACACCGACUUGCCAAGACACUUGACGGAGGAAUGUCCCAGACGUACUAAGGAAUGCCGUUUCUGUCACGGAAACUAUUUCGUCUGUGAGAUCGGGAAUCACUUCAGGGAGUGUCAGGAUUACCCUGUCACGUGUCAGUACUGCAACCAAGAGAACAUCAGACGAGGGAGCUUAGAGGAACAUGGCGCCGGUUGCCGCAAAACACCGAAGCUUUGCAAGAUGGCCUCUUCGGGAUGUACAUUCAAGGCAGGCGAUGACGAAAUGGAACGUCAUAUGACACUCGAGAAACACACGUUUUGUAUGCAAGAGAUGAAGGUGCAAGUGAACAGCCUGGAAGUGGAAAUCCGCCAGGUGCGUGAAGAGUGCAGUCGUGAGAAACAAGAACGACAAAAACAAGAGGAAGUACACCAGAAAGAGCUCAGAAUUCGAGACGAGCAAGUGAGGAGGCUUCGGAACGAGGUUGAAGCAUUGCUGCGGCAAGUCGGACAACCGUUUGAUAAUCCUAUAGAUGGUUACAUGCGGGAGCAGCCUAAUCACUGGGACACCCAAGCGACGUCUUCCGGUUUAUGCCUGGCUCUUCAGUGUUGUAGAGACACCAGUAACUUUACACAUGUGUGAGGCUAUCCAUGGUUGUGUGUGGAUACUGUAAAACAGUCAUGUUUUAUUAAUCUAGAGUCACAUCGCGUCCAUGUGACAUUUAAGAAAGAUAAGCGGUCAUGCAAAAAACAAGGAACUUUGAAAAACAGUGCAGUCGAACGUGAAAACAUAACUGCUAUCCUUUAUAUGAAAGACAACUGUAGCUGAGCCAAGCUUAUCUACUAGCAGGCUGCGCAUAGUUAAUAGAAUUUGCUUCACCAUUGUUUUCAUCAUUCCCAAUCAAAUCCUGAACCAAAGAGAUGUGAAGAAUUGGACUUGCACUUUGUAGCUGUACACACACAAUCUCCCACAGUUCCGCCGUUCGCAUGAGUUCGUCAGAGAUACGCACCAGACUCUGCAGGUAAAGCAAACUACAGCUGUUUACUCAGAUACAAAGCUGUCAUUGCUCCACACAUCUACAACAUGUGAUCGUUUAAAAAAAAAAACGCACAAAUCUUAAGUGACGCAAAAGGAAGAAUGAACUCACCUUAACUGGAAAGCCGGAGAACAAAGUAACGCUAGCUCUCGCACACCACGGCAAUCGUUGUUAUGCACCACGUAGUUGUUCGACGUACUGGCCAGUGCUGCCUCGAUGCUCCCGAGAUUCCAGUACAAAAUACGCAUGAUGCUGACGUUCCAAAGACCCUUCCGUGUAACAUGUCAUAUCCUACCGAACCGCUACGACGACGCGCCUCGCCUGUUUGAAACGGCGGUUGGGGAAUGUCGAUGGCGAUGAGGCAGACGUCGUUACGCUUCGGCUGGCGCUUGUUGGGAACUUCAUUCUUGUUAUAUCCCUCAACAUACGUGACCGAUCAUUAUAAUUCCCGUGGAAAAGGUAAAAUAUGUUUUUUCUCUCUCUCUUUUGUUUAUUGACUAUGGUGCGACACGUGAUGAGUCGUUACAAAUAUGAUUAGAAAAGGUAUGGAUAUGAGGGUAUAAAAUCAAUAUUAUUAUUAUGAUGAAAGAGUGAGAAAUUGCCACGUCUGAGAAUGCUGGAAAUGGCUGUUAUCGAUACAAUAAAUCCUUGUAAGGUAAAGAAAUGUAAUUGUUGUGAUAUUCGUAGUAUAUCCACAGAAUUUUCACUGGGAGAUAUUUGUGACGUCUCAUGGUGGAUCUACAGCGGACGUUGUGAGGAUACGCGUGACACCUGUGACGUGUGAGACCAAUUUGGUAGGUCUGUGGGAUAUUGAUGGUUUGCAGGGAUGUUUUUUUUUUUCAAGUACUUUUAGGUGUGUGUAUUUGUGAUAUGUAUUAUAACAUGUUAUGAUGUAGAAUGCGAAAUAAAUUUUGGAAAC